AUGGUGGUGGAAAUAAGAAAAGAUAUGUCCAGGCCUAGCACUGAUUCCUUUGAUCAUGGAAGCACAGUAGAUCUGGAGAGUGAGACAAAUCAGGGUGAUUCUGUUAUGAAGAAGGGAAAUUCUAUAGAAGAUAUGAUAGAUGUUGUCCUUCAGCAUGUGCAGAGUACAACGAUCACCUCUAAACAAGAAGCAUCUCUCGAGUCUCAAAUGGAUUCUUUUCAAUUCUUGGAUUCAGUUGUUAAAGUCAAUGACCAUGGGGAUUGCGCUGAAGAUGAUGCAUUUGAUGAGCAACCCCUUUCUCCAGGAAGUUCUGAUGUAUAUGAUGUCUUUGGAGAACCACAGAUACUUCCUCGAGUGGAUGAGGAAUACCAGGUUGAAAUUCCACCACAGUUCGGGUUUGACUCUCUCUGGCUAACAAAUAACCCAGCUGUUGCAGAAAACACAGUUGGUAGCGUUCAUGACUUUUUAGUGGGAUUGACUGUACCAAUAAUGUGGAUCACUGAUAGAGUUGAGAAAAUUCAUCAUAAACCACAGAAAGCUGUUGGUGAUUCACCUGGAGUAUCCAACAAAGAUGAGUCUCUAAGAUCUGAAUGCAUCGAAGAGACCCACAUCUUUUUGGAAGGUGGAAAUUUAGAGCCUAAAGCUGAGCCUAGAAAUUAUACACUGGACAAUGGGGCGAACUUAGGAGAAUUAGCAAAAGUGGAUAUGGAACAAGAGAUGAAAAUUAAAAUGCAUGAUUUGGAUAGUGGCAAAGGCUACUGUCUGGUUCCCGAUUCCUUGGGAGAUUCCUGGAAUGAUACAGAAGAGCGUAGUUUUAUCCUUGGUUUGUAUAUUUUUGGUAAGAAUUUUGUCCAGGUGAAGAAAUUUGUUGGGAAAAAAGAGUUGGGGGAUAUACUGUCAUUCUAUUAUGGAAGAUUUUAUAGGUCUGAUAGGUAUCAUAGAUGGUCAGAAUGCCGGAAAAUGAGAAGCAGAAAAUGCAUAUACGGACAAAGAAUUUUUACAGGAUUGAGGCAACAGGAAUUCUUCUCCCGUUUGCUUCCCCAUGUCUCAGAGGAAUGCCAGAAUACUUUAAUGGAGGUCUCAAAGGCAUUUGGGGAUGGAAAAAUGGUACUGGAAGAAUAUGUUUUCACUUUGAAGGCCUUAGUCGGGUUGAGUGUGCUUGUAGAGGCAGUUGGAAUUGGUAAAGAGAAACAAGAUCUCACAGGCAUUAUGGAGCCUCUGAAGUCCACUCAAGUUGCUCCUGUCCGCCCAAAGAUACCAACUGGCAAGGCAUGCUCCACACUUACACCCUUGGAAAUUGUUAACUUUAUAACAGGAGACUUCCGACUAAGCAAAGCCCGAUCAAGUGACCUCUUCUGGGAAGCUGUUUGGCCCCGUUUACUUGCAAGAGGAUGGCAUUCUGAACAGCCUAAUAGUAACGAGUGCACUGCUGGCUCCAAGCAUUCUCUGGUGUUUCUUAUUCCUGGAAUUACAAAGUUUUCAAAAUGGAAACUAGUGAAGGGUAACCACUACUUUGAUUCUGUUAGUGAUGUACUGAGUAAAGUCGCUUCAGACCCAGUGCUUCUUGAGCUUGAAAUUGAAGAUAGAGGCAAAGAAGAAAAUGGGUGGACCGAUGAAACAAAAGUGGACCAAGAAGAUUUCCCUGAUCAGCAACGCCACUAUUAUCUUAAGCCUCGUACUCCUAAUCACAACACAGAUUUAUUGAAGUUAACUGUUGUGGAUACAAGUUUGACCCAUGGGAAAACAAUCAAGGUGAGAGAGCUGAGAAGUUUGCCAUCUGGGGUAUUGAAUACUUUCACCUCGGGAAGUGAUUCUGAAGAAGAUGAUGUGGAUCAUUCCGAGGAGACAAUGGAUAAAUCUCAAUCUGCAGAUAACUCUAGCUUUGAUAUGGAUGAGCCCAGGGCUACUAGUAACAGUUUUGAUCAGGAAAUUGCUUCUAACAGUUUGGAAGGAUUAGAAAAUAAUGUUUCCAACGAGGUAUUUCGAGUCAUUGGCUUUAGUUAUACUAACGUACCAGUGAAUAUCCCCAAUGACCUGACGACCAGUGUUCAUAGUGACACACAGCCCCAGAAAGCUAUAAAACGCCGGUUGAACAAGAGAAUGGGAGCGGAGAACAAGAACUGUUUACCUUCUGUUACAAAACAGCACCAAAAAUUAAAUUCAUGUAGUCAAACAGAGAUAAACAGCAGACAACUCAACAUCUUGCAAGAUCCUACCUUAAAACAAGAGAUACCCUGUAGCUCUGCACAAAAUCCUGAUUUUUGUGGGAAUCCUCUUUCUCAAAUAGAUAUAUGCCAGGAGAAGAAAACAUCUACCAGCUUGUCUAAAGGUAGCCUAACCAUCGGUUAUGAAGGAAUUCUAGGUGGUACCUGUAAUGCUGCUGAACAUCCUCAUGAAGUACCUCAAUCGGGGAUGCUGAUUGACUUGAACUUACCUAUUCCUCCAGAUGUUGAAGCUGAUGAUCUUUUAAUGACAAAAACAAAAAAAGAACAUGAUAAAACGAGCAAGGAACUGGAUGAUCCCAGUGUAGUGAAACUGUCCAAUUGUGUGGCUAAUUCUGAGCAGCAGCCCAACAUAAAAUACCGGAGACAAAGCAUGAGGAGCCGGCCACCAACCAUUAAAGCACUGGAAGCUCUUGCUUUUGGCUUUCUAGACCCAAAGCAGAAGCGAAAGAGCAGAGAUGCCUCACCGCAUGAAAACCCUAUGUUAAGACCUUCUCAACGUGCUCGAGUUCAAGUGAGAGCUAAUGAGAAUAUUGGUACAAGCGUGGUGGAUUUAAAAGUUGAGGAAAGGGCAAAUGGGGUGUGUCAUAGUAAUGGUGACUUGAUGACAAAGCUGCAGGUUUGA